AUUGCUUGUUUACUGGAUACUGAUCGGGAUGAGCUUGUGAGCUAUCUGCAGUCACCUGAUUCAGAUAUUUUUGGUCGUUCAAACGAUGCUGUUCCAGCUGCGGUCUGUCUGGGCUCGGCUGCCCAUUUCAAUUUUGCGGUGCUCAGUCGUCAUCAGCGGUCGGAGAGUUGUGGUCUGGAACAUGUGGUGGAUGCGGUCUGUUUAGCCUGUCUAAACCACCUCGCUCGCUGUAUUUGGCAGCCGGUCGACUUCUCUUCCACACUUGAGAAAUUAUCUACCCAUGCGGUCAGCCAUCCAUCUGAUUUGGCCGCAACCGGUGAUUCUCAGGUCGGUUCUCCCGCUCGAAUAUCGGAUCACAGUAGCAAAGCUCUCAAGAUUCGAAGCAAUAGCGAUUCGGUUACACCCUUUCUACCCCCAUUGGCCACACCGUUAAUGGAUCACAGCAUACCUUAUGUAGAUGACUCGCGCUUCUUCAGUUGUCGUCCGACAAGCAGACGUAUUACAAGGUCCAAUCGUCUACGUUCUUCUGAGCUGAACGACAAUUCGUGUGAGUUAAUUCCUUAG